CCUUCCGGCGGGCGGCGCCGCGCCGCUUCCGGUCAGCUGAGCGCGUCCUUCCGGCGGGGCCCGCGGCGCGGCGGGGCCAUGCGGAUCGAGAAGUGCUACUUCUGCUCGGGGCCCAUCUACCCGGGCCACGGCGUCAUGUUCGUGCGCAACGACUGCAAGAUAUUUAGAUUCUGCAAAUCAAAAUGCCACAGAAACUUCAAAAAGAAGCGAAAUCCCAGAAAGAUGAGAUGGACCAAAGCAUUCCGGAAAGCAGCUGGCAAAGAAUUGACAGUGGAUAAUUCAUUUGAGUUUGAAAAACGUAGAAAUGAACCCGUGAAAUACCAGAGAGAGCUGUGGAACAAGACUGUUGAUGCAAUGAAGAGAGUGGAGGAAAUAAAGCAAAAACGCCAAGCCAGGUUUAUUAUGAACAGAUUAAAGAAGAGCAAAGAGUUGCAGAAGGCAGAAGACAUCAAAGAAGUCAAACAGAAUAUCCACCUUCUUCGUGCCCCACAUGCAGCAGGCACACCGAAACAGCUGGAGGACAAAAUGGUGCAGAAGUUACAAGAGGAUGUGGCUAUGGAAGAAGACUCUUAAAAUGCUUUUAUUUUCUAUUUAUAUCUCUUCAGCAGUUAACAGUUCCUUACUGCCUCACCUGACAUCAUUCAGAACUGUGCUUACAGUUGAAGAAAAAUAUAUUUUAAUGAAUAGUGGUCAUUUACAGUUUGAAUAAUUUUUGGUUUUAUAAAAAAUAAUAAGAUGGAUACUGGUUUGGGCAGUAUUUACAAUUAUGUAAUUUGACAAAACCUUGUCGGCAGGAUUGAGGGUAAGGCAUAUUGUUUGAGGUACUGUGUACUCCUUGGAAAGUUACACUUUCUUUCUGGAUAACUUUUCCCUGAUAAUUCAAGGAAUAAAAGAUGUUGGCCCUGA